UGCAGCGCUUUUCUGGCUGCCGCCGAGGCAGCGGGCGGCAGAGCGAGGGCAGCCGGGCCAAGCACCGGCUCUGGGGGGGGUCACCGGCCCCGCCACCAUGGCCGGGCUCCUGCUGCUGCCGCUGCUGCUGCUCCCGGCGGGACCCGCCUGGGGCUCCAAGGAGAGGUGCUUCACCAAGAUGUACACCGCGAGCGGGGAGUGCUGCAGAGCCUGCAACCUGGGCGAAGGGGUGGUGCAGCCCUGCGGGGUCAACCAGACCGUCUGCGAGCCCUGCCUGGACAGCGUCACCUACUCGGACACGGUGAGCGCCACGGAGCCGUGCAAGCCCUGCACGCAGUGCGUGGGGCUGCAGAGCAUGUCCGCGCCCUGCGUGGAGUCGGACGACGCCGUGUGCCGCUGCGCCUACGGCUACUUCCAGGACGAGGCGAGCGGGAGCUGCCGGGAAUGCCGCGUGUGCGAGGUGGGCUUCGGCCUCAUGUUCCCCUGCAAGGACUCGCAGGACACGGUGUGCGAGGAGUGUCCCGAGGGCACCUUCUCCAGUGAAGCCAACUUCGUGGACCCCUGCCUGCCCUGCACGACCUGCGAGGAGAAUGAGGUGAUGGUGAAGGAGUGCACGGCCGUCUCGGAUGCCGAAUGCAGAGACCUGCACCCGCGCUGGACAACGCACACCCCAUCCCUAGCAGGCUCCGACAGCCCUGAGCCCAUCACCAGGGACCCCUUCAACACCGAGGUGGUGCCCAGCACCCUGGCAGACACUGUCACCACCAUCAUGGGCAGCUCACAGCCUGUCCUGAGCCGAGGCACCGCCGACAACCUCAUCCCCGUCUACUGCUCCAUCCUGGCGGCCGUGGUGGUGGGGCUGGUGGCUUACAUCGCUUUCAAAAGGUGGAACAACUGCAAACAGAACAAGCAAGGGGCCAACAACCGCCCCGUGAACCAGACGCCUUCGCCCGAGGGGGAGAAGCUGCACAGCGACAGCGGGAUCUCGGUGGACAGCCAGAGCCUGCACGACCAGCAGCCGCCCAGCCAGAGCACCCAGGGGCCAGCGCCCAAGGGAGACGGGAGCCUCUACGCCAGCCUCCCGCCCGGCAAGCAGGAGGAGGUGGAGAAGCUGCUGGGCAGCUCGGCAGAGGAGACGUGGCGGCAGCUGGCGGCGGAGCUGGGCUACAGGGAGGACCUCAUAGACUCCUUCACGCGGGAGGAGUGCCCGGCCCGGGCCCUCCUGGCUCACUGGUCCUCCAGGGACACGGCCACGCUGGACGCGCUGCUCGCGGCCCUGCGCAAGAUCCAGCGCGGGGACAUCGCCGAGAGCCUCCACAGCGACUCCACCGCCACCUCCCCCGUCUGAAGGGCGGCCCGGGGCGGCCCCGCGGGGUCCCCUUCCCCCUUCCCCCCCGCGCCUCUCCGCUCCCCGGCACCCGGCGCCCCGGAGGGGAGGGUGGGAAGGAAGCGGGGGCUCCCCGGGCCCCCCCAGCUCCCAGCCCUCUAUGCACUGAGCUCCUGUUUCCGGUAUCGCCCCCUCCCGACGCCGCCUGCCCCCGGCAGCCCCUGAGCGGUUGGAUGCGGGGCUCGGUCCUGCUCAGCACCCGCAGUCCCUCUGCCCCCAGAGCAUCCCCUGCAGCCCGGCGAGGCUGCGCAGGCACGGGAACCUCUUCUCUCCCCCCUUCAGACCCUUCCCCUUCCUCCCUGAGGCUCCAGCUCUUCUCUUCCUCCAGCCCUUCCUCCUUGUCCCACCCCACCGCUACCCCCUGCUCCUCCCCAGCACCCUGAAAUCCAGCUGCUUUCCCAAACCACAGGGCUGGGAUGAGCACAGGGAGAACUGGAGCUGCUGUACCAGGAUUUGGGAAGGGGUCUGGUCCUCUGGCACCACGGUGGGGGCGCUGGGGGAAAGGACUUGGCUUCCAGCAGCCCAGCCUACACUGUGAAAUGUGGGGGGCACGGCUCCAUGGGGCUGCCAUUGAGCUCCACUCACGCUCCAUUUGAGGAGCAGCCGGGAGCAUCCCAACACUGAGGUGCCAGCACCACCUCCUCAGAGCUGGAGCUCCAUGGGGAGGACAUUGAAGGGCUGAAAAAGUGCCUGCCCGCAGCGGGGACGUGACAAAGGGCUCUGCUCAUCCUCACCCCUUCGCUGCAUCAAGCCAGGAGCAAAGCCACCCCUGCUGCCGUUGCACUGCCCCUUCUCGCCCACAGACCCAGCUUGAAAGGGCUCCUCCUCCAGCACUGUGAAGGGUGGCUCAGAAACACCCCCGCCUGCUCCCCUGGGUGCCCUUUGCCUCUACUCGGGUGCUGCCCAUCCUCGGUGCACCCCCGCCUCUCCGUGGCACCCAUGGGUGCUGCCACUGUGGCCCUGGGGAAUGCUCCCACCACAGCUCCUCACUUGCCUGAAGCAUCGCGAGCCUUUUGCAGAGGAAGGAUGAGCCGGUGCUGGCUCCAUCUGCAUCCAUGGACUCCCCCUUCGCCUCCGUGUUCAGCAGAAGCUCUUUCCUGGAGGCAGGAGGUGCCUUUCCUCCCCUUCCCUAGGGAGAUAAGCAAGAUGUGUAAAUAAUAUCAGGUCCUUUUACUAUGU